AUGGCCGGCGCAGCGUCUCCUUCUUCCAAGACGGUGAUGAUAACUGGAGUGAGCCGAGGGCUGGGGAAGGUGCUGGCCCUGGAGAUGGCAAGGAGAGGCCACACCGUCGUCGGCUGCGCGCGUUCCCAAGAGAAGGUCCAAUCCCUCCAGGCGGAGGUCGCCGCCGUCACUCCGGCGGGAGCUGCCGCUCCCAGGCACUUCUUCUCCACCGUCGAUGUGGUGCGUAAGGGUUUUGUUUCGUCUUGUUCUCGGCGUCCAACUCGCGUGAUUUCUUCCGUUCGGAUUACUGAUUGUCGCCCUACGUUCCGCGGGGGUGCGGUUGGGCUUCCGCCGUAGAGCUCGGACGCUCGCGUGCGGGAUCUGGCGAGGCUUCUCGUGGAAACGAACCUGGUGCCGGACAUUGUAGGUAUGCGGUUCUCAUCCCCUUCUCAUCACUGGAACUGUUUGGCUAGAAAACCUAAUUUGGCCGUUGGUUGUCUGGACCUAUUAAGACAUGAUGGGUCUACAGCAUAUUCCCCAGAUAGGGUGGCUCAACUUCCAAGAUUUUAGAAGAAUCCACAUUCUUAGCAAAGCGGAUCACUUUCCUCACAUACGUCGUUAUUUUUGUAAAAUUUGCUCUCUCCUCCCCCUCGGUGACAUCUCAUAUUCUAAGCGUAUUUAACUCCUUUGUUCUCCUUUCAUGCACUGCAAGCAUUAUUUGUAUCAUUUGCUUACUGCUAGAGUUUAAUUUUGGCAGUAAAGAUUCCACGGUUAUGCAAUGAUAACUUAUGAACAUCGGCUGCUCAUGUCUUUCCCAUGAGCAGUAGACGAAUACAUUCUGGAACAUUUGCCUCAAAUUUCCCAUGUCUUUUGAAUGGGGAACUGUGCAUUAACCUGAGAUAAAGUGAGAGGUUCAUUUGGUUGAAGAAAGUGGAUCGAAUUUUUUUGUACUCGAUGCUGACAAGAUAGAAGUUAGGUUACCAUAACCAAGGGCCUUGUAUUCUGAACAAGGAACACGGCUGGAUCAAUUUUUUCUUCAUUGACUGAAGAGGAACUGAAAGAUAUUUCUGGGAAAGAGAAAGUGGUAAUAAGUCACUCAUACUUGUUGUGCAUUGAAGCCCUAACCCCUGAAAUGCGUAUGUCGAGGACAUUCUCAUGUAUGACAUUAUAUGAAUGCAUCGAUUUUUUUAUGAACAAGGAACUUUCUGUGAGAGCUUAGGUUAUACACCCUUGUUUAAAAAUAUCAGCUUAAAAUUUUAUAUUGGUGACUUUUUUACGGCUUCUUCAGUUUCAUUUUCAUAUCAAGGGCAUCGAAUCUUUCAUCUGUCUUUGAACAUCGUAAGUUUACUGCUUAGAGGUAUUAUGGCUUGUAUCAUUGUUCUUUAUGACGAGGUGUUCAUCGUAAGAAAAAAAAUAACGAAGUACAAUAUUUUUCGGGCAAAUUUCUGAAUCCAUUGGCAGGUAGUACGACUCAACAGAUGAUUUGAAGGUUGCCAGCAGUCUACGUGAUGCCUUGUGUUGUAAUGGAACAAUAAUAAUGGUGAAAUUGAAAAUAAUGAAGGUUCAUAGACACACCAACUGGAGUCCGAGUGAUUGUAAGAAAUGAGUCCCUUUGUGGUUGAGUGACAUGGUUGGCGUUUUUUAAAUGUUUUAGGAGCUGAAGUCUGCCUUAGGAACCCGUUCAAGGUUAUUGUAUACGAAGUAUUUCCUGUGAUAAGGGGUAGUAAAGACUUUGGGAUUACGCUAGUAUAUUCCCUAUGGAAUGCUAUCCUUUACCCAGAUGAAGAUAUUAUUUGCAAACUCUGAUUUUGGCUGGUGAUGAUAAUAGUGUUCAGUUCGUCGGAGAGGAGUUCCUUGUACUAUUUACCUAGGGGCCACUGGUCCAAGGAUCCCCUGCUCUGGCUGAGGACCAUUGAAGGGGUAAUGGAUGCUUUUCAGAAGUUGGUUUUUGACAAUUUCAGAAUCAGGCUUAGCCUACUUUUCUUUCUUUGGAGGAGAACAAGAUAUAUAUUGCACGGAAUGCAAUAUCUAUCUCAGAUAUAAAAUUUUCAUAGUUUGAUUCUUUGGUUGCUUAUAGAUGUUAUUUGUGAAGAUGCCCUCAUUUUUACCGCUCCUAGUUAUUUUUUUCCUCUUUAUUUUUUAAUCUUUAUUGGAAAUCAUAUCAGAUACGAUAUCCCACAUGGUAGUUCUGAGAAGAACCUUUUCCAGUUAACAAUGCAGGCACCAUAAACAAAAACAGAAAGAUAUGGGAGGUCCCCCCCGAAGAGUUUGAUUCCGUAAUUGACAUCAAUAUAAAGGGGACAGCUAAUGUACUCCGUCAUUUUCUGCCAUUGAUGAUAGAAAAGAAGCAAGGGAUCAUCGUCAAUAUGUCCUCUGGCUGGGGAAGAUCUGCGGCUGCAGAGGUAAAACAUUUAUCUACGAUUGUUGACCCACACGUAGGACAGAGAUUGCAUUGACCCAGGGAUCAGGUUUGAAAGUUGACUUUGCAUUCUAUGAUGUGAUAUCUUAUUAAACCCUUGACUACUCACUGUUCAAAUGCCUGUAUUAUUAUAUGAUUUUAUUUUUAUAAUAAUGAAUUGGUACUGGGCACUUUUGAUUUUUCGUUCAUAGAUCUUUAGAAUUAGCAUAUAUGUAUAUAAUUCCGAGAUGAAAGUUUGCUGAAAAAUUACAGGUAGCCCCCUACUGUGCUUCAAAAUGGGCAAUUGAGGGUUUGAGUCGGUCGGUGGCAAAAGAACUUCCCAUUGGAAUAGCAGUCGUUGCAGUCAACCCCGGGGUGGUGAACACAGACAUGCUCGCUUCGUGCUUUGGAAGCUCUGCAGGCCUCUAUCAAACCCCAGAGUCAUGGUAUCUCCAUCCUUUAUCCGCAGCUAAUUGAGGUUAUAAUUCUUUGAAUGCGGCAAAUAGGAAGCCCACAUGAACUAUGAGCUGAAUCUUCCGCAUGAAUGGAAAAGAUCUCUUGAUUCGAUCCUGCUGCUAUUAUUUUCCAUUUUUAUGAAUAUCCUUGCGUGCAAACCCAUUAUUGAUCCUUCAGAUGAAGAUGGCAUGUGAUAUUUUAUUCAGGGAAUAUCAUGUUUUUAGGACUAAACCCAAAUGGAAUCCGUUCAAGUUCUUGAGGUCUUAUGUUUUUAGAAUCUGAACAAAAAUCAUAUCUUGGUUGAAUAGGGCUCCGAAGGCGGCUACCAUGAUACUGAGCUUGACAGCAGACGAUAAUGGUGCAUCUCUGACUAUAUGA